AUGUCUUACAAAUUAGAUAUUCGUAAGGGCAUUUACAGUCUAGUUGGACGAAUACCUAAGCAUGAUAUUGUUGCAAUCUACCAAGAGCAAAAUAUAAGUAAGUCAACCAUUUACAACACUAUAAGGAAUUGUGAAGAAGGUAUACCAUGCAUUAAUUUACCCAAAACCGGUAGACCAAGAAUUUUAAGUGUAAGAAGAGAAAGAAGACUUAUGGAAGCUGCUAAAGACAAAGUUGGAGUUUCUCAGAGAAAAUUAGCCCGAACAAUUGAUCGCCCAAACUUGGUGUUUGGGAAAAGAAGAAAGGCACCAAAAUACACCGCAGACCAGCUAGAAAGAAUUCCGCGUUGUUGCCGCGCAUUAAGGCGUAUCCACUUUGCCAAUAAAUUGAUUGUAAUGGAUGAUGAAAAAUAUUUUACCUUAUCUCAUUCAGAGAUUAAAGGAAACGAUAGGUUUUAUACCGAUGACAUAGAAAAUACACCAGACAAUGUUAAAUUUAAAGGUAAAUCGAAAUUUGAGGAUAAAGUUUUAGUGUGGUGUGCCAUUUCUGAAGCAGGAUUUAUCUCACAGCCGUAUGUUGGUCGUGUUCGGGGAGAAGCCUUAAAUGCAGAACUUUAUAUUCAAAGAUGUCUUACUAAAUUACUUAAUUUUUUAAAUACACAUCAUCUUAACGAUAAUAUAAUGUUUUGGCCUAAUCUAGCUUCAUGUCAUUAUGCUAGAAUUACCAGUCAGUGGUCAAGUGAAAAUAACAUUGAUUUUGUACCUAAGUUGGAUAAUCCUCCUAAUGUACCUCAGACUAGGCCAAUAGAUGAAUUUUGGUCAAUACUAUCGAGGAAAGUGUACGAUAAAGGAUGGGAAGCUACAAAUGAAGAUCAAUUGCGGCGUCGCAUCUUCCAAAAGAUUAGAGAAAUAGAACCUGCUCUUGUCCAAAGGAAGAUGGGACAAGUCCGAAGAAAAUUACGACUUAUUGAGGAUAACGGGCCACUAUCCAUAAUGUAA